AUGUCUAACUCAGGACCCACAGCCAUGCCCAAGGUGUAUAUCGAUCAGUUGGAACCAGUAAUAAUUUUGGCCUCUCAAAGCAUCAUUGAGGAAGUAGUCACUGAAGUACUGGCGAUGAUCAAUAGUGAAUGUAGAAAUGGCACUGAAGCCUUUCAGGUGGCAAAGAAUGAUGACACGGCCGGUUUAUGUCCUAGACUUGCCGGUCUCGAAAUUACUUCCUCUUCCAAUAGUGAUACUUCGCCAUCCUCUGAAGUAUUACGGCAGCCAUAUCCAGGAAGACCAGACCCGUAUCUCCUAGACACGGACGGUCUUGCAUCGAGAAUGAGCGACAAGAAAAUUGAGUGGGCGAACGAGAUGACUUGUACGAUCGUGGAAAUAGUUGAGCGCUGGGCCGCUGUCUUGACAAGGGCAGGGAUAUGUAUUUAG